AUCUGGGAAUGUUGCCAAGGGAGAGUAUCUGCCUCUGCCGACGAUGCGUACAUUGAGGGUUCGAGUACAAUCUCCACAACUUCUGAAUCAAAAUACUGAGAGUAAACAUGUCGGAGGGAAGUUCAGAUGAUCUCAGCUCCCAGGACACAUGGGUUCCUUAUAAGGACAGACCAGAGUGGAAAGAUGUAAAACCGAUUCUCCAAGACGAUGGACCUGCUCCUGUCGUUCAGAUUGCUUACAGUGAUCAAUUUAAGGAUGUUUACAACUACUUCAGAGCUAUUGUGGCUGCAGAUGAAAAGUCAGAGAGAGCUUUAAAUCUUACAAAGGAGGCAUCAGAACUCAACCCUGCCAACUAUUCUGUUUGGAACUACAGACGGAACAUUUUACAAGAAUUAGAUAAAGAUUUGACAGAAGAACUUCGCUACAUAUCUCAGGUCAUAGAAGAUAAUCCAAAGAACUACCAAGUGUGGCAUCAUCGGCGUGUCCUUGUUGAGUGGCUGGAAGAUGGCUCGCGGGAGCUUGGGUUCACAGCAAACAUCCUCAGAGAUGAUGCAAAAAAUUAUCACGCUUGGCAGCACAGGCAGUGGUGUAUCCAGCACUUUUCAUUAUGGGACAAGGAGCUGGAGUAUGUGGAUAAGUUGCUCAAGGAGGAUCUGCGCAACAACUCCGCUUGGAAUCAGAGGCAUUUUGUGAUAAAGAAUACCACAGGUUUUACAGACGAUGUGGUCCUAAAGGAGCUCAAAUAUGCUCAGGACUACAUAAAGAAGGCCCCUAACAAUGAAAGUGCCUGGAAUUACAUGAAAGGGGUGCUGUUGGACCGCAAAUUGUGUGACUACCCUCGUGUGAUGGAGUUCUGCCAGGAGCUGUACUCGAAACAGAUUCGUUCCCCGUUCCUUAUUGCCUGUAUGAUAGACUGUUACGAGGAAAUGUUGGAGACGGAGAAACCCAAGAAAGAAGAAAAUUUGCAGAAAGCUACUCAAUUGUGUACAGAGCUGGCAGAGGAGCAUGACACGUUGCGCAGCGAGUACUGGCAGUACAUGGCACGCUCGCUGGCCUCCAAGUACGGUGCAGAAGUGGCGGGUGACUCCUAGUGCUAGGGCCAGGAGGUCUCUCGACUCCCUUUUGGUGCUUUGCUGUGUCCCGAGACCUGUGUUAUCUCGCUACAGUGUGUCCCUUCAUGACUCCGGGGGGGAAAAUAGCCUCAUUGACUUUACUGACCACUCUGUGACGGAUGAUCCACCAAGGAGAGAGUUUCUGUGACCGGGGCGCGCGCACCUUCCAGAACAAGAAUUUUGUCCUUGAAAUUUUGGAGGAUUCUUUGCCACUUGUGUUUCAAGGAUGAUUGUUCAGGAUUGCUGUCAUAUUGUUCUUGUACUGGAGGAAGGGAAGGAAAAUCUAUUGAGUUCAAACCGUUAUGAAAUCUCAAGGUGGAGGUAUGUUGCUACUGGUGUGGGCCGGGGUAUUGGGGGGGGGAAAAACAGUAUAAAGUUUUAAUGAAAGAUGGAAUGAGAUAUUGAUUGUGAUUUGACCAAAGAUUGAAAUAGUAUUGAUCCGGUAUGUGUUCUGCAGUCUGUGGCACUAGAUUAUGCAAAGAUGCUGGAGCAUCAAAGAGCUGGCCAUUGUUAUGUUCGUGAAUUAUUAGCACUUUUGGAAAGUAAUUUUUUGUAGUAGAAUUUUUUCAAUAUUUCUUAGAUGCUGAUGUGAUGGACACCUCUGGAAUAUGAAUUAUAGGUAGAGUUAUUGAAGGUUCGUGUUUGAAUCUUUGUCCAAGAAAUUUUAGAGGAUUGUUUGCGAGACAAUCAAAGGUUACUGUUAGAUUCUCUUUUAGUUCAAUCUUUUUAUUGUUUAGGGAGCAGUUGUAGCGGGGUUUUUUAUUUUUUUAUUUUUGAAGGGGGUGGUGGGGUAAGAUGAUGGAGAUGAUCCCUUUUAUUUUUGUCUGUCAUGCAGGUUUUUAAAAUGCUGUGUGCUUUUCAUUUAAAAUACUUUUACAAUUACAAAUCCAGAAUUGUAUCAAAAUGAACGACCUCUUGUAGUUGUUUUUUUCAUGGCUUAUAAAGAAUGCCUGGUCCGACUGAAGAGAUAUUGCUAUGAUGUAUUGAUAAAUAAUAUUUGAGAUGGCGGUGUAGACUUGUAUGUGGAAGCUUCUGCAGGGCAGUAUGAGGAUCAUAAUGCAAGAUAUUUACUUUCGUAGCAAUACGUAUUUCUAAAAUAGUUAAAAGAAUUAUAGUUUCUGUUGUAUGGACAUGGCCCAGUAUACUUUACAGAUAGUCUGUUUUGUAAAUUGAUUUGUAGUCGUGUUUUUUCUAUCGUCAGUAUUGUUUGUUUCUCCAUUUCCUUUUUUUUUUCUUAAUUGAAAAGUUGUGGCGAACAUAAAUCAUCUUAAGAAUUCUUAUUACUCGUUAUAUUUCUUUUUGUAACUUUGGGACCCUGUUAAACUGUUUUGCGACGAAGGAACAGGUGAUAAGACUAGGAAAACAUCCUGAACAGAUGAGGUACUAAGACAGCCAUGGUCAUUGUGUAGAUUAGCUGAUCUUAAUCAAUCACAGUGUGAGUAGAAAGUCAGAGUAGAUUUAAUGGGGGUAUUUUCUAUUCCUAUUUCUGUCUGUACGCACUUGAUUGAAAGGUUCACAUACAUGCAUGCAUUAAGAUAUUUACAUGAUGUUCACAACUCGUCCCCCUGUGUUGGCUCCUGCCAAGCAUGCAUUCAUCAUACUUGUGACCCUUUGAUGAUCUCAUGUAAUUCUUAAUGUGAAUCUUUCAGGUACAAACUUCCAUUACUAACUUAGUGUUCUUGGAAAUAUUUAUAUAUAUAUAUUUUGUGUGUACACUUGCACGUACCACCUGAAGCUAACAUCUUUCCCCCUCUGGGGGUACUGAAAGUACUCCCUACAUUUUACCCGCUCAGUGUGUUUAAAUGUAAUCCACUUUGAUUGUCUAUGUAAAUCAAAAAUGAGUGCAUGUUAUCGCUUACAAAUGCUCUGGCAUAUUUUUGGUAUAAGGAUGUGCAUCAGUGUGGAACAUACUGUGAAAAGUUCUUAAAUGGUUUUUGGUUGUAAAUUUGUCAGUUUUGAGUGAAGGAAAUUUUGUGUGCCUGGUCUUGCAGAACAGAAAUGGCGUUUUGUUGCUGUUGCAAACAAAAUUGAGUAAUUUCGUUUUUCUUUUCCUUACUGGGUGAGUGAAAAAACAUGGGACUUUCUCAUUUUUCUCCCGACAGCAUCAUUUUGUUUACGGCUUGUGGGUGUUAAUUUGAGACAUUUUUAAAUAUUUGGUUAUUCAACUUCAUGUUCUUUUUAGUGCACUCUGUGUCUCACUAAUUGGUUAUCUGUGUCCGAAGGCCUUUUAUUUCUUGCAUUCCAUACUGUGUGUACAGAAGCACUUGUUAGGCUUGUCAACUUUCUGAAAAUAUAUUUCCUCAUAAAUUAAGUUUCUAGAUUGUUGACUUUUUUUUUUCUAUUUCAACUUGUUAUGUCGCGCUAGUCACUUUUCUUUAUUGGAUACCAGUUCUGUUUUCUUACUUUGUUCAAAGAUUAUUUCCAUUUCUUGUUUGUCUUUGAGAAUAAUGAUUUUUGUUGUUGUAAAGACUUCUUUUCUUUCCCUUUGCCUGUCUUCCAUCAUACUUAUGUUAUCACUAUCACUUAAUGCACCUAAGUAGGCAGAUUGUGUGUGUGCAUGUGUGGUGGGGGGGUCGACUUCACUGACUUGUGCUGUUGGUACAUUUGUACAUUUGCCUUUUAAAAAAGUAAAAUAUUCACUAAAUUCUUACUUUCAUCGAAAAGGAAAUUGAUCUGAACAUAGCAUAAACAAAUGUGCUCAAAUCAUGUUUAACAUUCAAAGAAAAUUUGUACAAAGCACCAUUGUUGAUUGCAAUGAUGCAGCACUCUUGUUUUCAAGCUGCCAUUAAAUUGUGUCCAAAACAAGUAGAGAAUCUGUCUGUUGCUCACUGUCACUUGACUUUGCUAGAAGUAUUUUUUGGGGGGUAAGUUCACUGGCCACUUGUGGUGUAAGGGUACUUACUGUUCACCCGUUGAGCCUUGACUUGGUCACCUGAGAGCAGAGAUCUUGUGCAGCUGAAACUCUGUGCAGUCGACUGGGUGGUUGGUGGGUGCUCUGGUGUGGUUUACUCCUUCUAUCCUAUCGAACAUCUAUCGUCCUUUUCUGUUCCCCUUCUUUUUUGUGUUUCUUUCUCUUUUUUACUCUCUUGUAACACCUCUAAUCUUCAGCACUUAUGUGACCUAAUUGUGUUGCGAGUGCUGUAGAAAACUAAAACUCAUUCUAAAAACUGUCGACUGCUAGACUCGUACCAUCGCAUGUUGAGGUGUGUAUGGGAAGAAAGGAAAAGGCAGCUCUGGUCUGUAGUGCUAAAUAUUAGGUCUAAUUUGUAAUGAAUAAUAAAUACAGUGUUGUAGUCUCUAUGAUUUUGCUAUAAAAGCUUUUGAUAUUCAUGUAAAGGCCGGAGAGUCAAAGUAGUGUUCUUAAUGCAGCCUGGAAUAAAUCCUGUCGGUUAGGUAAGGAAGCACAGAGGUUUAUAAGUGCCCCAUACAGGCUCGAAUUUGUUUGUCAAAAAUUUUUGAACAAAUUUUGUUGACAAUUUGACUUUUUCUCACACGCUCAAAUUUUAUUUGUCAAACAUUAGUUUAUGCCAGGAGUUUGUAAUGGACGGACCAACAGCGUUGGCAGUUGCGAAGAAAAAAAAAGAAGAAAAGUGGGCUCUGUGACCGUGGCGGAGUUUCUUGACUGCGCAGGAAUAAAAGAGCAUCCAAAAACCAAACCACAAUGGAAGGCUCGUAGAUAAUCAUCUGCACCGACCCCUUCUAUCCGGCAGCAA